CCACUGCCAGCCACAGCCCACAGGACGAAGGGCACUGCAAGAACAGAAAGUCUGAUAGAGUACGGUUCCCGCAUUCGAAGGGACGUCCGAUUCGGAAUAUUUGGGCUUAAGAAAAAAGGAAGCGGGUAACGAUGGGCCAGUACUACGGAACAAUGACCACUACCAACGGUAAUCCGCUGGUGACCGUAGUGAAAACGGAGAAGAAAGUCUUCCAGCCCAAGCACGACCCAAUGUUCGGGUUUCCGAACGGCCGAAAAGAACGUCAGAUGGUGGCCACUGAUUUGGAAAUGGAGUCUGCAAACGUGCCACAACAAUAUAGAGGCUAUUGUGCACACAAGUUGAUAGAGCUUCGCGCAUGCAUGAAGCAGAACUUUCCCUUCGUGACUACCUGUGGCCACGAGAAACACGAAUACGCCAGCUGCAUGUAUGAUGACCAAAUGAUACGCUACAAAGAGUACGAGCGAGAACGGAGACUCAAGGCGAGAGAAGAGCGCCGUGCUAAGAAGAACGUCGAACUGCUGCUCCAGUGAGUUGUCACACGCGUUGGCACCUGUGGGAUGUGACCCAGAGCUUGAGCGUCUGUACAACUUUUUAGGUUUUGUUGCUUAAUAAAAGAAGAUAAGGCAAAA